UCAAAUAAUCUGUUGUUCAGUUUUGAACCAUGUAUUUUUCUUUUGUUCUACUUGUCUUAUCAGUGAGCUCCUUGGCUUAUUUGACUAAUGCAUGCCAAUUUGGAAGCGAGUCCAUACAGGAAGUCUACGAUAGAUUUGAAUUAUUCAGAAAAACUAAAGCGUUCGAUCCAACUGAUCCAAACGUUCCAUUGAAACAAUAUCAAUUUUACAAUGACAAUGGCAUUAAGAGAUUAGCUUUGGAGGUCAACGGUGUUUAUAUGUCGGAAAAUUCUGAAACUGACGGCAAUCAUAAAAUUCAAACGAAAGAUGGACAAUAUCGUGUCAAUAAUGGCGUGAUACUCAAUUAUAAGCGUGACGAGGAUGGUGAAUUUUCAUUUGAGGAUUGGUCGAAUCAAAAGAAGUUUAAGUCUUCACUUCGAAGCAUCGAUGCUGAGCUGCCAAGUGAUUUCGAGGAGGAUUACAAACAAGUUUUGGUUGAUUUGAAUGCAAUGAGAAAGAAAAUGUUUGACUUUCAAAAUGGCCUGAGCAAGGAAGACCUCGAACGUGUUCGGUUAUUUGAAUUUACUCCAUUUUCGACUCGUGAUGGAUUCUCUGCGCAAUAUAUCGACAAGGAUGGAGGAAAUCUAUCGGUUUUUAAGCAGGAUGAAAGUGAUCCCAUUUCUGGGCGACUCUCGUGUGAGUAUAAGCACCAGAAAUUCAACAUUGUAGAUGGCAAAGUUGUUGCCGAUGGAGAACCAUUCGUUCCAGUGUACCAUUAAAUUGAUUGUGUUUGCAAUGAGUUAAUGCAAAUUUCUUCAUUCGUCAUUGGAUCAAUAAAAAAUCUUAAAAACAAAAAUUGAAA